UGCAACAAAAAUCAAUAGUCGCCGCCAUAUUUUUUCACUCAACGCAGACCAACGCGCUCCGGACACCCGAAAAAUGUUUAGAUAAAUAAGUUAAUUAAGAUAAGUCAUAGUUGAAAGUGCAUUGAUUAGAGCAGUGAGCAAGUGACCAGUGACCAUCGACAGCAUCGAUUCCCCGUCGCCAGCAAAUAUCGCACGACUCUCCGGCAUCCGAGCGCUGCUUCUUCUUCCCCGGGCUCCUGCAGUCCCAAAAUCCGCGUCUGAUUUAAAAGAGUCUCAGUGCCAGUGGUAGUGCGUGUGUUCCAGAGUGCUUAGUCAGUCAGCGAGGAUCAUGGAAGGAGCUUCAGUGUCCUCGCCAUCGAUGGGCGGCCCACGUGGUGGCGGCUUCCGCGGACGCGGUGGUGGAGCACCUAUGCGCGGUGGCUUUGAUCGCGGUGGUCGUGGUGGUCGCGGACAUUUCAUGGGUGGCAUGCGCGGAGGCGGCGGCAGCGGGAUGGGCGGGGGACCGCCAAUGCAAGGCAUGAUGUCGGGUCCUCCGCGGGGUAUGCGAGGUUCCCGCGGCGGAAUGGGCUACCAGGGACGCGGCGGUGGCUAUCAGCCACGCGGUGGAGCCCCCAUGGGCAUGCGAGGCGGUCGUCCGCCCUUGUACUCCCAACCUCCCAAACAACACACAGGUGCCGACAAUAAAACCGUGUCGCCAGUGCCGACUUCGGCGAUCAGUGGAGAACAGCCAGCGGUUGAGCCAGCCGGCGACGAUGCCACCGAUGGCCAGACCUCGUCGGUCGCUCCCUCGAGCAACUCGCAUGGCGGCAGCUCCGCCCCAGGUGGCAGCAAUGGCGGCGGACCUCCUCCGUAUCUGGGCCGUGGGCGGGGACGCGGCGGUCCCUUCAGCGGACGCGGACGAGGUGGCGGCGGCUACAACUCGCACAUGAACGGCAGUGGCGGCGGAGGCAGCAUGUACGGCGGCUCCCACAGCCACCACAGCAACUCCAUGGGCGGCGGUCCGGGCGGAGAGCAUGGCUCGAUGCCCAGACGCGGAGCCCCGCGCGGCAGGGGCGGCUACAAUCAAGCUCUCAAACGCGGCGCUCCCGGUGGUCCUGGUCCCAAGCGCGGUCGCUACGAGGGCGGUCCCUACGGCCAACGGCCCAUGACGCCCAAGUACCACUCCACCCAGCAGCAUAUGGGUGGCGGCGGAGGCGGCGGCAUGUCCUCACAGUCGUCAUAUGGCUCGCCGCCAAGUCACCAUGCGCCAGCGCAGAGUCACCAUAGCUACCAGACCCACGCAACCCAGCAAGUGGAUCCCUAUGCGCAGAGCGGCUACAGCACCCAGACCACUCAGCAGGGAUACAAUGGCUAUGGCCAGAGCGGCGGCAGCAGCUAUGCGGCUCACACAUCGCAGACAAGUGCUCCGGCCAGCAGUAGCUACGCGGCCCACCACGGCACUGAGUACGAUCAGAGCCAGUAUCAGAACUACAACUCGACGGGCUAUGCUGCUCCGCAGGACACGCGGUACCAGUCGUACAGCCAGGACUACAGCCAGCAGUAUGGCUCGACCGCCGUAGACUACAAUGCCGCCGGGCAAGCGGACUACAGCCAGCAUGGACAGCAGAGCACUGGCUACGAUGAACGUGCCUAUGCGGGUUAUGAUUCGCAGGCCUACUCGCAGAACUAUUCGAAUGCAGCCGCCUACUACUAGACAACCGCUUCCCACUCCCACCCCUGACGGCACACUAGAGAUCAGAACGCUGCGCGUGCUCCGAUAGGCCAAGAAACCAAAUAAAAAGGGAUUAGGGCAGAAAGAAAUCGAGUAACAGGAAGGGAAUAUAUGUUUAAUGCAGCAAAUAACUUGCAAUACAUUUGAUACACAACACACACACGCGGUCACUCAGAACAUACAAUUUUAGUAGUAAGGAUACAGUUCUCUUUUUCUUAGCAUUUAAGCCAACUCGUGUUUCGACGUCUUUCUAUAUAAACCCCUUGCCCAAAUUAAUUUUUCCUCACUUGUUUUCGUUUUGUCUCCCUUUGAAUCCUGAACAGAAAUAUUGAAAAUACCCGCCUUGCCUGUUGUUUAAUGUUUUCUUUAUAGACAAACGGAGCUAGCCUGCACUGAGCUCCAGCCUAAAAAAUGAUUAUGUGCUCCUCCUUAGUUCAUUUACAAUUACAAUUCAACUGUGACCAAAGUAUGCUAAAAAUCAUAUUUUUAUAUGACGGGAAACUACGAGUACGUACAUGAUCUUCUUAAUGAACUAAACUAAAUUUAAACAUUUUGUGAAUCAUGUCAAAUUGUAUACAAAUGAAUGCAAUGUAUAUUUUAGUUAUUAAGCUCAAAACCGCAAACGACUCUCGACAGUGAAAGUUGAUUUUCAAUCCCAUAUACUCCUGAAAAGCGUUUAUGAUUUUGCAAGAAUGUGUUUUUUCUUUACCAUCUUGACGUGAAUGACAGAAGCCAGACUUAUUAUUUUCUUUUUGUUUUACAAAAACUCUUAUAGCCACAAUUUAAGCAAAAAAGUUCGUAAUUAUGUAACUCCUUUAAAUUAAGCUGAGAAAACCAAGUAACGAAAUACACAAAAUAUAUUAGCAAAAGAUGCAAAAAUCAUAACCAUUAUCAAAGUCAAUAAAAUAAUGUUCAAAAAUGUGUUUAAUGCAUUAAAAUUA